GUAGCAAAAUAGCCUGUACUUUGUUUACGUCCCGUCGGUUAGCUGACAGCUGCUGUAGCACUGUACCCACACAAACAACCGUGUCUGCAUGCCUCUGGCGGCUGCCUGGAGCUUCGAUAACUUUAAACAGAGUGUCCUGGAUGUCUUGGACUGGAUGUUUUGUUGAAUGAGGGGGACCCGCUAGAUGCCGACAGGAGGAUGAACUCCAUCACCGGUCGGGUUCUUGCCAUCCCCGCCGCCUCUGUCACCAACUCUGGAGCUUCAUCCUCUCGAGCCUUACAUGUAGAGCUCACAUCCCAGCAGAGACGAUUGCGUCACCUCCGGAGCAUCGCAGCCAGAAACAUUGUCAACAAGAAUGGUUCCCCACUGCUGGACACUUACUUCACCCUCCACCUCUGUAUAGGAGACCGCAUAUCUCGAGAUUUUUACAAGAGUGAAGUCAUACGAGACUCACUGAAUCCAACUUGGCGGAGCCUGGACUUUGGCAUGCUGCCGGACCUUCUGGACACCUCAGUGUCUUGCUUCGUGGUGAGGAUCUGGGGAGGGCAGGAGGAACAGUACCAGCUCCUCAUAGAAUGGAAGGUCAAUCUGGAUGGCCUCCGAUACACAGGACAACAGAUUCGAUCCAGGAAUCCAAAUGAGAUCAUAUUUGGAUUGAAUGAUGGCUACUAUGCAGCUGACUUUGAUCAUAAGGAUCAGUCAGAGCGGAAGAAAAACAGCCUGCUUCAGGUUGACCAGAGUUCAGUCAGGAACUCCUACAGUGUUUUCUCUUUGCUCAGGCUUCACACAGCCCAGAGAGCCAUCAAGCAGACCCAGGUGACAGUGCAGAAGAUUGGGAAGGAGAUCGAGGAGAAGCUGAGGACGACGGCAACCUGCACAGAGCGGAAGAAGGAGCGCGAGUGCAUGCAGCUGCGUAUAGCCGUGCUGCGUAGUGAACUGCAGCGGCAGAGGAAGGCGCUCGGCAGGGAGAUAGACCUGCGGCAGAAGGAAACGGUACAACUUCAGAAGAAAGAGGAAGCGUUCUCUGCUCAGCACGAGAGUCUGAAGGAGGAGAAAGAUUCCUUAACCAAGCUGCAGAAGGAAUGCACUGCCAAGAGAGAGCAGUUCCUUAAGUCCAACGCCCAGCUCACCUUCCGCUGUCGUCAACUCCUCUCUGAGCUUUCCUACAUCUACCCUAUUGAUGUGACCAAUCAGUCAGAUUAUGUCAUCUGCGGAGUGAAGCUGCCAAACUCUGAAGACUUUCAAGCAAUCACUUGUUCCCAUAAGGUGGAAGCCUGUGUCUGCUUCUGCCUCCCAGUGCUGCAUAGGUGGACACCUAGCACAAAGGAUGACGGGAGCGUGGCAGUCGCACUGGGUUACACAUCGCACCUGGUCCUGAUGAUCUCGUGCUUCCUGCAGGUCCCUCUUAGGUAUCCGGUGAUCCACAAGGGUUCACGCUCCUCCAUCAAGGACACCAUCACUGACAGACUCACUGAGAAGGAGAGAGAAUUCCCUUUGUAUCCCAGAGGAGAGCGGUUUCAUUUUGAAUAUGGUGUCUACUUGCUCAACAAGAACAUUGCCCAGCUGAGAUAUCAACAUGGCUUGACCACCCCAGACCUGCAACAGACACUACCCAACUUGAAAAACUUCCUGGAACAUGGCCUGCUGGUCCGAUGUGACAGACACCAUGUCUCUAGCUCCAUCCCUGUGCCGACCAAGUCUCAGCUUGGUGUGUCUGCUGCCUCGGAUAUAGGCUACCCCUGCCACACCAGCUCCCCAGACAGAGGCCUGAGGAAGAGGGCGAGCUCGGAGGCCGAUAAGCCCAAAUACAAGCAAACUCCUCCACCCAGCUACAACACAGUCAUGGGUGAAGAGCAGUCCCAAGAUGGCCUAGCCACACCCUCGCCUUCGACCAAACACCUGUCCUCCUCCCUUGACGCCGGCAUGGCAUCGCUUAACCUGGCCAAGACUAUGGAGGCCACCGAAGAGGGAGAGCAAAAGGAAGAGAAAGGGGAGAGCGGGGAGACGGGAGUGGAGGAGAGUCACAGAAGCACUGACAGAGAGGCUGAAGAACUAGAACUAGAAAAAGAAGAAGAGACUGAAGAGCAACCAGCCAGUAGCACAGUUGCACCCGACUCUUCUACAGUGCUGGACACUGGUGAGGAAACAGUGGCCACUAGUCAGCACACAGGUGCCAUGAACGGCUCUUUGGUACCAGAACAGGCGCCUGUUAGCCUGGUCCCAGAGCUGCGCUGCUCUGUAGAGCAAGCUGAGGAGAUCAUGGGCACAGAGGCCACCGGUUUAGGCCUGGGGUUAGGAAUGGGGUUGGCGUUGGGACUGGCAGACGAGGCCCGGCUUGAUGACUACCGCUGCAUCCCCGUGGACCACGCUGUAGCUGUGGAGUGUGAUGAACAGGUGCUGGGUGAGCUGGACGUCGCUGGCUUUGAGGAGUUCUCCAGGCGCAUCUAUGCACUCAAUGAGAACAUGUCCAGCUUCCGUAGACCACGCAAGAGCUCUGAGAAGUGAGGCAGAGGACCUAAGGAGAGAGGGAGGUAUGAAAAGACUUGCACAGUGGGAUUGGACAAAUACAAGGCAGGGACAUGAACUGAGAGGACAAGGGUGGGGUCCCCCACUCCUACCGCAGCAUCAAAAAUCAUAGGAGCUAUUCUGGAAUAACGACCAAUUUGCACUUAUUGUCAACAUUUCCAUAAUAAUCUUUUAAAUGAAACAAGUUAAAAGUGAAGUAUGGGGACAGUAAGCUUUACUUUUAUGUUUGAUGCCAGCAUUAAUAUAUUUUUUUAACAAUGGAUGGAACAAUGAACCGUUAUUCAGACAUUUUCAUUCACAAAAAUAUUCGGCCUCAGCGUUAACAAUCGCACUCUAUGAAUUAGUGUCCAUUAUUGUAGUCUGUUCCAUAACGAGGGACCAUUCAUGUCAAAAGACACACAAACAAUGUAUAUCACUUACACUUUGUUUUCAGACCCUUACAGCAAUAAGAGCCCCCUACAAAACAUCAUCGUGUCUCAACUGCAUUUAAGAUUCACAGAGUGCAGCCUUAUUAGCCCGUAUUAUAAUGUUUCAAUGCAGCAGCUGCAUAUCCUUUUCCUUAUCACUGUACCUCAAGUUUCACCUUAACUAGAGAAGCUUUUUUGGACAGUGUAUCAAUUAUAUAAUCAUUAAUAUAAACAUAAACAGAGAUAAAUAGUUGCAACUGGAAGUUUUAUCAUGUUGAAUCAUCACAGAGCCUGCUGUCCCAGUACUUACACCUUUGACUGUACAAGCAAAGGUUCAGACGCUUCACAAGCCUUCAUUCAGGGUGCAUGACAGUGGGUGUGUGCCGUAGGGAGGACAUGAUGUGUAUGUGUGUGUGUGUUACACAUUAGCAUGUACCCACAGUCACACAAUCACAGUUAGGUGUCCAGUAAUCCCACCAAUGACCUCUGACCUGGCAGGAGUAUGCAACCAUAUAGCGAGGUGGGAGCUGGAACCGGUAGCCCAAUCAGAGACUCCCUACCCACUCGCCAUUCUCCACGCGGGGUCGAGUUUCUCCUUCAGGUCUUAAGAUGAGGAUCACAAGAGCGGCUGGUUGGAGCUUGCAGCACAUGGCAGGGAAAUGGUGCAAUUGUUUUUCUGUCCAUCUCCAUGUCCUCUUUUCUCUUAUUUUUUUAAUUUUAAUGUAUCUCAUCAAUAUUAACAUCAAUGUUAAUGUUAAGUCCACUGAUUCUCAUAUUCAGUAGACCAAAAAUUUAAUUCUGUGUCUGUUCAGUUGGAAUGUCUCACUCAGGCUCGACUGUAAGUGUUAAUAGUAAGUGUCUCGAUCCCAUUGUCUGUGAUUUUGUCCUGUGUCUCCAUGUUCUGAAUGCUUUCUUGCACUGGUAUUCAAUUAUUGCAUUAUUUAUGUCUCUCAACAAUUGUGUGUGCUAUGUUUCAAAGGAGAUCAAUAUCUAGUUUUAUUUCCCCCACUCACAUGGGAUGUCGCUCAUUAUCAUUGUCAGAUGUUAGACUGAUAUCAUAACCAGUGUCUGAGUCCUGACGUGGACAGCUGCUUUGCAUCGCCCGCCGUGACAAAGAUGGACUCUCCACCAGCAGCCCACUUUGUGAUUCAGAUCCAGCACUGUGGUUGCUGGCUGUUGAGAUUUAUUGUAUUUAAAACUAAAAGAUGAACCAUGUUAGAUCAUUUCCAUAAACUGCUAUACAGUCCAGUAAUUGACCAUGUACAUAUACUUUUGUAUGGAGGGUUUUUUUGUUAUUAAAGACUUGCAGUCCAAUGGCAUGGA